GACUUGCCACUGGCUUACCAUCCCGUACACACUCAACGUCGUACACUAUGUCAAGGUCAUCUGCACCAACAUCGACACCGUCCAACACCCUCCUGUUGCAGCGACAACUGGCGGAGCUCACUAAGCGACCAGUGGAGGGCUUCUCCGCAGGGCUUGUUGAUGACAGCAACCUGUAUGAAUGGGAGAUCCUGAUCAUCGGGCCCCCGGAUACAAUCUAUGAGGGUGGAUUCUUCAAGGCACGACUCAGCUUUCCGCCGGAGUAUCCUCUUCAGCCGCCAAAGAUGAGAUUUAUCACGCCGAUGUGGCACCCAAACAUUUACUCAGAUGGAAACGUUUGCAUCUCUAUCCUGCAUCCUCCUGGUGAGGAUCAAUAUGGCUACGAAGAUUCCGGGGAGAGAUGGCGGCCAGUUCAUACUGUCGAGUCGAUCCUGCUGAGCGUUAUCUCCCUUCUGUCGUCGGAGAAGCCGAAUUUAGAUAGUCCUGCCAAUGUGGAUGCGGCGAAGGAGGUGAGGGAGAACUACGACGCAUACAAGAAGAAGGUCCGGCGCCUGGUUCGGAGAAGCGCCGAAGAAGUCUGAUCUCCAAGCCCGUUGAUCCUGCCUCGGCUGUCCCCGGCCACCGGUCGACCCGUGUCCCUGUCAUUUUGUUUUCAACUGCCUGGCCUGCAGGUCUACUUAUGCGGUGGCGAACAAUGAGUGUGGAUUAGGCUCCGCUGGUUCCGUCAUGUCCAUUCUGUACGUUGUACACACUAUCAUAUUCGUGUUUCCCAUCAAGUCAAUUCCAUAUUCUUCACAUACUUCUGACAUGACGGCCCUUGUGAUAUAGGCGAGGCUGGGCAGAAGCUAAACUCCUCGUUUUCACUGACUUCAUUGUCCUGUUAUCGCAUGUUGGAUUUGUAUAUCUAGUGUCGAGCAAGGUUCAUGCAUUCUGACGUCUGAUAUGAAUUUGCUGAAACAAUAUGAUCUCACGCCUGUAGGAGAUUGCAUUCAUGUCCUUCUCAAUAACGUUCGAC